GUACGCGUAACAUUAUUCAAACUAAUAUAUAUUUGCUACCAAAUUCAAAAGCUAUUAUCCCGAAUGCAUAUACUAAUAUCUCUUUAGAGAUAACCAAGUCAUCUAGUUUGCGAGUCUAAUGUCUAAAAUUAAUCUGAAUUUGGAACUUGGUAAAAGAAUAUGAGUUGCCAUUCCUACUUUGGCUCUGCACAAUGUGAUAAUAUUGCGAGGAUUAUGCAUUAAACGGCAAGAUCAUCUAACUUCAAUGGUUUUAACUAGUGCCAGAUUGCGCACACAAUAACACUUUCCGAAUUUGAAGCCAUUAAUUUUGUAACCAUAUAUGAAAUGAUCACCAAUCACUAUUAUCAUAUAAAAUUUAUUCAACUUUUCUGAAUCCCUUAAUCAAAAUGGCCAUUGAAAAUCACCAUUUCCUGUUUCUUGUUUCACAACUUGUUAUCAUUCCCCUCUUGUUUCAACACUCCUCUUUUGCUGCAACCCAACUUGUGAAUCAGGUAUGUCAGGACACUCAGGACUCUGAUUUCUGCGUUCGAACUCUCAGUGCAGAUCAACGAUCAGGCAACGCCGACCUCAGGGGACUGGCUCGAAUCGCAUUGGAGUUAAGCUCCGCUCAGGCUAAGGGCACACAGGAUCAAAUUCAGACUCUACUUAGCCGGGAACCGGGGCUGGAUUUCAAGAGUGUUCUUGAUCAUUGUUGGCUGGGAAAAUGGAAACGACUGUGAGCGUGUGAAUAGUGGAAGUGUCAAAGAUGUAUCACUUACAGGUUCCAAUCAAAUAAUGGUGAAACUUUGUGAUAUCUCUAGGGUUGUCACUGCAAAACUUGAAACUGGUAAAUAAGUUGUUGUUACAAUAAGAGCAUGUUAUUGUAUGAGAGAGUUCCAUGAAGCUCCCUUGUGUUCUUCUCCUUGAAACACAUAAUCUUUUCUAGUUGUGAAACAAAUAUAA